AUGUAUGACAACAUCUCUGAUUUCACAAGAUAUGAUGACGACCAUGACCCCGAACACGGUGAAGAAGAAGUUUUACAAACAUCCAUUAAGACAGGAAAGGUUUUAACUCAAAGUCUCAUUAUUGACACCAAAGAUGGCGAAGUGGACGUUCUUCAAGAGCUGAAGAAAAAUACUUCUGAAGGAGGUGGUGGUAGGCAUGAACUUGAAAUAAAUGAGAUAGAAGAGAAAUUAGCCGAAAAAGCAGAUAAAAACCAUGUUCAUUAUAUAAGUUCAGACGAACAGAUUAUAACGGACUACCAUGGAUAUUUAACACAGGAUGAACAAAUAAGCACUGAAGAUGUUAAUGAAAGAAGAUAUAAAUUCAUUCGUGCUAAAGGUUAUGACAUACACUGUACUGUACAGUAUGACACAGGUAAACCACCAGAAGCAUUUGGUUAUAACGAUGAAAUUUAUGCUUCAUACUUCUUUGUUAACGGUGUAUUAGUUGAACCAAGAUUUACUUUGAGAGUUAAGGCAAAAAUAACUUUUGAAGAUGCUAUUAAAAGUAAAGCUGACAAAGAUGAACUUGACGCAACGAACAAAGUUUUGAAAUCUCAUAAACACAAUAUCUCCGAUAUAAAUGAACUUCAAGCUACAUUAAAUAGUAAAGCUGACAAGAACCAUACACAUGAAUCCUUCACUACUGUUAGAGCAGACGACAUAAUAUUGAACUAUACCCUUGGUUCAAGUGCACCUUUAGAGAAUCCAAGUACAAGCGUAAAAGAUACACUAAACAAUUUAGAUAACAGAUGUAUGAACAUUGAAGGUCAUGCCAGAAACUUUGAAGCAUACGAACUACCAGCAAUGUUAGAUAAGAAAGCCGACAAAACUUAUGUAGAUGAAAAUUAUGCAAAGAAGUCGGAAGUAAAUGCUGCGCUUAAUGGAAAAGCCGAUAAAGAGCACGUGCAUGAAGAAUUUCAAACAAUCAGGAUUAAAGAAAUUAAGGCAUGC